AGUGGCGCUGCCGUUCGGCGGCCUUGCUCCCAGGAUGUGGCGCAGGAUACAGCUUGCGCUGCUGCCCAGCCUUUCGCUGGCGCUCUUUGCAGAUGAGGUGGGACAGUACGACUGGUCCCUGAAGCAGAUCGGCAAGCCAACCGCGCUCGCCUUCUCCGGUGAGAAUCCCGACAGCAUCUAUGCAGCCACGCAGUCUGGCGUUGUAGCCUCCAUGUCAAUGCAGGACGGAUCACUGCAGUGGCGGAGGGUGGCGUCCACGGAGCCCAUGGCGCUGCUGCGCCCCGCGGGGCGGGGGCUCAUCAGCGCCACGGACACCGGCCUAGUGCAGGCCUGGAAAGGCGCAGCAGGUGACCUUAGCUGGCAGAAAGACUUCGGCGAGAAGGUGCUCGAUCUGGUGGUGCUGAGCUCUUCGGUUUUGGUGCUCAGGGACAAAGAGGUGGAGGCCCGGAAUCUCGCGGGGAAGUCCGAAUGGAUGGUCAGCAGCAAGGACGCCGGGGCGCAGGCGCGGUACGUCGCAGCGGCGGCAUCCAAAGACGGCGUUUGCCUUCUGGCGUCGCUUCCAGCCGGUGGAUCCAUACUGCAGAAGCUGGACCUCAACGGCAAGGUUCUGGAGAAGGUAGAGGUGGAAUUCAGCGUGCCCCAGAGCCCUGAAGCUGAGUACAUGGUCAUGGAUGCACACUUGGCGGUGCUCAAAGAUGGCACGCUCUCUGUGCACCCCAUCUGCGGUGGAGGCAGCGAGACGAUGGAGCUGCCCCAGAAGUCCGGAUGGCGGCUGCAGCCAUGGCAGCAGACCAAGGGCGUGUUCGCCAUCACUGACGGGGCGACCACCUCCGUUUUCAGCUUUGGCUCGAAAGGCCUCCGUCAGCUCAAGAACCUGGACCAGAUGGCCGUGGUGGGCCCCGUCUUCGGCGUCAGCGACGACGAGACCGGGCAGCUGGUGGCGCUGGCCAUGGCGCAGCCUCAGGCGCAGAUCCAACUCAUGGACCCCGCCUCCGGCAACGUCCAGCCGGCCGUCAAAAUCGCUGGCUAUACUGCAGCCGAGCGCGGCGAGUGUCAGCUGCUCUUGGUGCACGAGACGCGCUCCGGCGAGCACCGGGCGGUGAUGUCGGCAGCAGAUCACAGCCUCGCCGGCAUCCAGUCGUCCAAGGUGAGCUGGGUGCGAGAGGAGGGCCUCGCAUCUAUCCGCCAGGCAGAUCUUUAUAGCCGGCACACCCUGGCGGACAAGCGAUCCGAGGACAAGUCCUUGGGCGCUCAGUUGGCCAACAUCCCGGGUCACCUCGCGGAGCUGCUGAAAGCACCCUUUGAGAUCCUGAACUACGUCUCCAGUGUGAUCAUGGCUCGCAGGCAGCGCAAGGAUGGCGGCUUGCCGCUGAUGCCGGACGCCGUGAUCCCCUUCAGCAGCGAGGAGCUCCGGGAUUUUGGCGCGGACAAGCUGAUUCUGGCCCUGUCCAGCGCGCCCAAGCUCUUCGCCCUGCAAGCCACCACCUCCGAAGUGGUCUGGACCAAGUACCUGGGCAUCGACCCCAAGUGCUCGGAGCAGAAGCCAGGCACUGGCAUUGACCCCUGCACAGCCUGGAUGCAGCUGCUGCCAUCGAGCGCGUCUCCACACGCAGAGCUGGUGGUGAUCGCACCAAAGACGGCCACAAAGCCGCAGAAGGUGAUGUGGAUGGACCCGCUGACAGGCAAAGUGCUCCACGAAGAGAGUAUGCCGAAUGACAUCACUGCUGUGACGCCUUUGCCGCACAAAGGCAAGAAUCUGGUGACUCAUCCGCUGCUGCUGAUAGACAGCAAGGGUGGGUUGCAGACCUUGCCCAAGGAUGCAACUGAGCUCCAGGAGGCUGCAGGGAAUCUCUUCCACUACGAGGUGGAUACCGUGAACCAGGUCAUCAAGGGCUUCGCAGUGCCCAAGGCAAAGAGGCCCAGCAAGCUGAUGGCAACAUGGAACAUGGAGGUUGGCUCGCUGGGGGAGCGCAUCCUCGCGGCGGCGACGCCGCAGCACCGACACUGGGACCACGUGCCGGUGCACAUUAAAGGGGAUGCAAGCAUCCUCUACAAGUACAUCAAUCCGAACUUCCUGGCGGUUGUGUCUGAGGACAAGAAUGGGCUCAACCUGUAUAUGCUAGAUGCUGUCACUGGUCAUUUGCUUCAUCAGAGUCAGGUGGCUGGAGGUGCUGGUCCUGUUCACCUGGCAGCCUGUGACAACUGGGUGGUCAUGCACUACCAGAACCCCAAGAAGACUCGUUUUGAGAUGCUCGUGACAGAGUUCUUCCAAGCAAAGGCCGAUGAUGGACCAUGGGAAAUUCUCUUCGGCAAGCAGGGGGUGCAGACCCGCAGCGCACACCAGCUGGAGCGGCCGGUGCCGUUACAGCAGACCUACAUCGUGCCGGCCGGCGUCACGGCCAUGGGUGUCACCGCGACUCUGAAGGGCAUCACUCCUCGGUCCAUCAUUUUGGCAUUGACCACGGACCACCUGACGCGCAUCUCCAAGGAUAUCUUGAAUCCUCGGAGGCCGUACCCGUCGAUGACUCCGAACGACAAGAAGUCCUUGCCCUCCCAAUUCGCGCCCACCAAGGACGAGCCCUUGGCGCCCUACACUGCCCAAAUCCCAUGGCGGCACACGGAGAUGCUGAACUACUACCACGCCCUGCAUCGGGUGACCGGCAUCGCCUCCUCCCCCACGGCCUUGGAGUCCACGUCGCUGGUCUUCGCCUACGGCCUGGACCUCUUCUUCACCCCCAUGCAGAGCGCCAAGGCCUACGACGUGCUCAGCCCUGGCUUCAACUAUCUGCUGCUCUACGGAUCCGUGGGAGUGGUGGUGGUGGUUUGGGCCACCAUCUCUAUGUUCGCCUCCCGCAAGAUGCUGCAGGACAGAUGGAAGUAGCCUGCCGGCGCCUGAAUGAUGGCAAGCCACAGAGUAGCAAAAUGACGGGCACGGUUUGCUGAGAGCAUAGACCAUAUGUGUCUUGAGUGAGGGUGGCU